AGGAGGGCGGUGUUACGCAGCAUCAUCGGAGCUUGUCGUUUUAUUGUACGGCUGCUGAUGCUGAGAGGUCGCGAUGAGAAAUAUGUAGGACCAUGAUUGUGGAUUUGAGGUUUGUGGACUGUGGCACAUCGUGGCGGAUUGUUUUCUAGGUUUUCUGACUCCAAGGAUAAUGAGGAAAAGACGGAACUGGAAAUGACAGUGUAACUUGACGUGAUGGAUAAUAAUAAAAGUGUUUGAGGAACCUCUACAUCUGACCCAAUGGCAAAGAAAGGCCGCGCCAAGGGCGAGAAGCCUGAAGCCCUCAUCUCAGCCUUACAGGCGGCCAAUGAAGAUCUCAGGUCCAAAUUAACCGAUAUUCAAAUUGAACUGCAUCAGGAAAAAUGCAAGGUGACCAAACUGGAGCGAGAGAAGGUGCAGGAAGGCAAGCGCAUCCGCGAGCAGGAGCAGCAUCGGCACACUGUGGCGUUGACAGAGCAACGGGCCCGCUGGCACGAGGAAAAGCUGAAGGAACUCGCCGCGCUGAGGGAAUCGCUAACUCGGCAGCACGAGCAGGAAAUAUCUCGCACGGCGAAGAUUAAAGAGGGCGAGAUCCAGCGCUUACGGACUGCACUCAGUGCACUGCGCGAUGGCAGUGGGGAGAAAGUGCGCACGGCGCUGACGCUGGAGGCCAGAGAAGAAGCCCGGCGAUUCUUCGACCAGGAGCGCGUGAAGCUACUGCAGGAAAUAGCAGAGCUAAAGUCGAACAAACGGCAGGCCGACGAAGCGCUUAGCACUAUGAUUAUAGCCGACAAGAUGAAGGCAGGCGACCUGCGCUCUGAAUAUCAAGCGCACCAAGAGCAAAUCACCAAGAUCAAGUGGGACUCUGAGCGAGAUAUUCGUCGAUUGGUGGAUGAGAUCAAGGCCAAAGACAGAACAAUCUUCUCGCUGGAGAAAGAGCUGGAGACGGCGACUGGUUUCGUGCAGAAGUUGCAGCUACAGAAGGAUGCACUCGAUGAGCAGCUGUUUCUGGUGAAAGAGGCAGAAUGCAGCCUGGGAAGCCCAAAGAGAGAGAUCCCCGGCCGCGCCGGCGAUGGAGCGGAGCACUGCGGGAGUCCGGACAUGAGAAGAAACCAGAAACGCAUGAGUGAACUUAAAUCCACCAUUCGUAAACUGGAGGACCGCAACUCAAUCUUAGUGGAUGAAAGAAAUGAGCUGCUGAAGCGUGUUCGGGAAACAGAGAAACAGUGUAAACCAUUACUGGAGAGGAACAAAAUAUUAAGUAAGAAAAAUGACGACCUCAGCCAGUCGCUCCAGAGGAUGGAGGAUAAACUGAAAUCCACAACCAAGGAGAACAUGGAGAUGAAGGAAAAGAUUACGUCCCAUCCUCCGCUGAAGAAACUCAAAUCUCUGAAUGAUCUGGAUCAGGCCAAUGAUGAUCAAGAGAUCGAGUUCCUGAAGCUGCAGGUUCUAGAGCAGCAGAGCAUGAUCGACGAGCUGACGCGAGUGAGUACUUCCUGUGAACGUGAGGCAGAACUCAUACAGGUGAGCGCUGAACAUCCACGCAUCACAUCUUUCUUAUCCUCCAUGUUUCAGGAUAGAGAAAAACUCUUGAGAAAGAAGAGGCAUAAACGAAGCAGACCUAUAAAGAGGCAUAUUGUUGUAGACACAUUCUACGGGUACGAUGAAGAGUCGAUGGAUUCGGAGACUUCCUCAGUGGCUUCUCUGCGGAUGGAUCGAACCCCGGCUACACCAGAUGAAGAUUUAGAUGAGGGUCUGGCGGCGGAAGAGUCAGAAUUGCGGUUCAAGCAGUUGACGCGGGAGUAUCAGGCUCUUCAGAGAGCAUACGCCCUGUUACAGGAGCAGAAAGGAGGGCUGCUGGAUGCUGAAAUGGAGGCCAAGGCGCAAGAGCAGCUCCAGGCAGAGUCUCAGAGGUAUAAGGCUAAAAUCGAAGACCUGGAAAAAGAGCUUGCUGUAAAAGGACAGGACUCCAGAUGGGUGGAGGACAAGCAGCGGUUCCUCAGGCGUAAUCAAGAGCUGCUGGAGAAGGUUGAGAAGUGGGAUAAUGAAAACGGAAAGCUUCAGCAGGAACUACAGGACUCAAGAGAUCAGAAUGAACUACUGGAGUUUCGCAUACUUGAGCUGGAGGAGCGUGAGAGGAGAUCGCCUCCGUUUAGCCUUCAAAUCCAUCCUUUCUCUGAGGGAGUGAGCGCACUACAGAUCUACUGUAUAAAGGAGGGAGUAAAGGACGUGUGUAUACCAGACCUCAUCAAGCUGUUGGAUAUACUCGGGGAUAACGGGAACUUGAGGAACGAGGAGCAGGUGGCCAUUAUUCAAGCGAGUACUGUGCUGUCUCUCGCCGAGAAGUGGAUUCAGCAGAUUGAAGGAACAGAAGCAGCUCUGCAUCAGAAGAUGAUGGACCUGGAGAUCGAGAUGGAGAUGUUCUGCAAACAAAAGGGAUAUCUGGAGGAGGAACUGGACUACAGGAAGCAGGCGCUGGACCAGGCUUAUAUGCAAAUCCAGGAGUUGGAGGCUACUCUGUACAACGCUUUGCAACAGGAUAAAGUGAUCAAAUACGGAGAGCCUCUGGACGAGCUGCAGAAGGACGAGUUGCGCUCGGCCGUGGAGAGACUGCGCAGACAGAUGCUGCGAAAGAGCCGAGAGUACGACUGUCAGGUUCUGCAGGAGCGGAUGGAGCUGCUCCAUCAGGCCCAUCAGAGGAUCAGAGACCUGGAAGAUAAGACUGACAUCCAGAGGAGACAGAUUAAAGAUCUAGAGGAGAAGUUUCUAUUUCUCUUUUUAUUCUUCUCUCUUGCCUUUAUUCUUUGGCCUUGAUGUCUGUGACAUCUCCUGCAGAGGAUUUGAAGCAACCUGGAGCUGUCGCAUGCAACCGCAGUCGUCCGGGUGUUACGACUCAAGGUGUAUUACUGGCUGUUUUGUUUUUGCUUGUGUAGAAGUGGGAAAUUCAGAGUUACCGAUGAUGGAUUUUAUUGGGAUUAUCUGCACUGGAUUUGAUCAAACCUCUGUGGAGAACCAGGACAGAAUGCUUGAAAUCACACUUACAGAUCAAUACGAGCGUGACAAAAACACAAUCAUCAACCCAACUAGAGGAUCAUGGAUUAUCUCUGCCAUGCAGGGACCCGCCAUGACCGACUGCGACGUCUACCAACCACAACCCACAAAGCCCUUCCUUUCUUUCGUUCUCUCUCUGCCUAUCUGUCUCUCCUGCCACACACACUUUGGGGAAUGAAAAGUGAAAUGGACGCCUUUGCAGGAGUAAUGUGUGCUGACUCAGGGCCUGUUAUUGAGGCGACUGUCGCAUCUCUCUUGUCAGGAUCCCUUAGGAGAGGUGUCUUCCUCACUGCCUGAAAACUGAACGGACAAAGAGACAGAUUGAGAGAGAAAGCCAGACCGUCCACUACAAAUCAUCCACACUAGCAGUUUUUGUUUACCCCUAGAAAGUUGAGUAGACUGUCCAGUGGAGAAACUAACACUGAGCAGCCUGGUUUUUAAUAGAUUUCUUUUGUAUUGUAUCAGGCCUCAUUCCUCCAUCACAAGCAACAACGUUUUUUUUUUAUGCAAAUUAUUCUUAAAAACUUGCGUAUAGUUUACUGAACACUGUAAAAAGUGAUCAGUUGACUUAACUUAAAUAAAUAAGUAAAUAAACUUCAUGCUUAAUCAAGUCAUUUGGAAUAUUUUUUUCAAUUAAGCAUUAAGUUUAUUUAUAAUAAUAAGGGAAAGGGUUUACUCCAAUUUUUAAGUGAACUGAACACUUUCUACAGCGAACACAACUAUUUUUUAAUGUAAAUUGUUGCACCGUGCAAGAAGCCAUUUAUAAAUUAUAUAGUAACAUGCAAAAGUUUAUGAAAUGGUUUCAUCCGUUGUGAUGAAAUUGAAGUAGCGACAGAUUUUUUCUUACAUAUUGUGACUGGAAUUAUUGAAAUAGAAAAUAUGUAGUGCAGGGACUUGGUUUUAGGAUGUGCGUAAUGCGAGAAGUCCUGCAUUCAUCACCGAAAUCCGGAUGAAUCGGUCACAAUAAAAUAUUUAACAUGCGAUUUUUUUUAUUUCAUGCCGACUUUAAACUGUGUUAUUCAUGCCAUUUUUA